GCUUUAAUGCACCUCCCGUUAUCAUUGCUUUCAACGACUAUUGGUGGCCAAAAGAAACACGAUGGGAAUGCACUAUUAGUCAUGGACCUAAUAAUAUGUUUUAUUAUGGUCUUCAAGCAUAUCAUUCAAAAUUUCAACGAUGUGGUCAGUUACGUUCAUGGACUGCCAAGAUUGAUGGAAUUUGGUUUACAAGAAGUGUUUUGGAACCACCAGGGCGGGUUCUCGCUUGGAAGACUCGCUAG